AUGGCUCCUCGUCAGAAGAGAGAGAUCAAAUUCAUCGAGAACGAAAGAUCAAGGCUAUCUACUUUUUGUAGACGUCAAUGUAGCAUUUUCAAGAAGGCUGAUGAACUCUCAAAGAUACCUGAUGUUGAAUUGUUGAGAAAGAGGAACCAAGAAGAACUUGAGAAGUCCAAGAUGUUGGAGAAAGUAGAAUUGGAGGACUUGGUUGCUUUCAAGGAGAAACUGGAGGCCCUUCGAGCAGAUCGAAAGAGGAGACAUGAAGAGAUGAAGGCUUCGGCUACUCUCUUGAUGCUCUCAGAAGAAACCGAGAAUAAGAAGAUGAAGAUUGAGGCAGAUCCAAGGGAAAAAUAUGAACUUCGGCCUAGAAUUCCCCGGAACUAUGUCGAAUAG